GUUAUUUAGCUUUAACUCUAGUAACUUGGCAUAGUUUUUACAAAGAAUAAUAGUUUUCGCAAACAGUAUCCGAACGUAGGUAAUUGCGCUUUAAGUUGACCAAUUCAUUUUUUAAAUAGGUGCAUUACCGAUAAACAUUUUACUAGCAAGUUUAGUAACAGAAAGAUUGGUGAAAAGAAGAAGUGAAUAAAAUAAAACUUUUAGAUUAUAACGGUUAAUAAAAAACUACAAAUAUUUAAAUCAGCAUGUAUCGUCAAUUACUACAUUCGGCUAGAACAGCCAGAAAUUCUAUGCAAAAAUUUGCCGAAGUUCGACGGUAUAGAGCGACUGUAGCUGCAGCAGAAAAUGUUGAAAGUCAAAGGAUACAAAACUUGGAACAAAAAGUUAGACAAGAGGCAGCCUCUAAGCCAGAUAAUUGGGAUAAUGCUAAACCCUUCAGCGAAAUUCCUGGACCUAAACCGUUACCACUCCUGGGAAAUAUGUGGAGAUUUAUACCAAUCAUUGGUGACUUUAAUGGAACAGACCCAAUUGCAUUUAUGACUGGAUUCCAAAAGUAUGGCGAUAUAGCAGCAGUGCGCGGAUUUGUAAAAGGAGACACUGUAUUUUUGUAUAAACCAGAAGAUAUAGAAGCGGUUUUUCGAAAUGAGGGGACGUGGCCAGAACGUAUAUCUUUCAAAAGUAUUGAAUACUAUCAAGCAAACGUUAGAAAGGAUAUUUAUGAUGAUCUAUAUUCCCUUGUUGCUUCAAACGGAAAGGAUUGGCAUAAAAUGAGAUCGAUAGCAAAUCCAAUUUUGAAUCAAAUUCGAUCAGUAGAAAUGUACAUCCCAGAAAUUGAUUGCGUUUCCCAAGAUUUUAUUAAACGAAUAAGAUUCCUUUUGGAUAAUAAAGAAGAAGGCAUGAUGCCAGAAAGUUUUUUGAACGAACUAAACAAAUGGUCAUUGGAAUCUGUCAGUUUCCUGGGUUUGGACAAGAGAUUGGGUUGUUUGGACAGUAAUCUAGAUCCUGACUCAGAAGCUCAAAAAAUAAUCGAUUCUGUGCAUAAAAUGUUUGAGUACAUGUAUAAACUUGAGUUCGAACCUUCUCUAUUACAAUACAUUAAUACAAAAAAUCGAGAUGAAUUUGUAAAGCAUUUUGACGUAAUUAUAAACGCAUUUAGUAAACAUAUUCAGGAGGCCAAAAUAAGAUACGAAAAUAGUUCAUCGGAAAGUAAUAAGAGCAUGUUGCAAAGAUUUCUAAGUGUUAAUGAAAAAGUAGCAAAUGUACUGGCUUUAGAUUUGCUUGCUGCAGGCGUUGACACGACUGGUAAAAGUGGUGGUGCGAUUUUAUACUUUUUAGCAUCUCACAAACGAGCACAAAAUGAAUUGAGAAAAGAGCUUGUUACAUUGUUACCUAACAAAGAUUCACCCUUUACCAAAGAAACUUUAGCGAAUGCUAAAUAUUUAAAAGCAUCUAUUAAGGAAGGACUAAGGAUGGGAGGAAUUGCGGUUGCUAACGUCAGGACUGCCACAAAAGAUAUGGUGGUUGGUGGUUACCAAAUUCCCAAAGGGACACUGAUACAAAUGUGCGCUUACCAAAAUUUGUUUUCGGAACAACAAUUUCCGCACCCUAGAGAAUUUAUACCUGAAAGGUGGUUACGAACAAACACCAGUGAAACAUCUCACAAAAACACACAUCCAUUUGUUUACCUUCCAUUCGGUUUCGGUGCAAGAUCGUGCAUAGGUCAAAGGCUUGCUACUAUGGAAUUGGAACUCCUCAUAGCAAGGAUAAUCAGAAAUUUUGAGUUAGAGUGGCUACAUCCACCAGCCAAAUUUACUGCGAAAUUGUUCUAUGAAAUCGUUGAUCCUUUACGAUUCAAAGUAAAAGAAACUCCUGAAUGAUUUAUCAUAUUUUUUUAUUGACUUGUUUUUAAAGUUGUUCUCUUGGAAAUUUAUCAUAUUCACUCUAUAACAAUUCCUUAUAUUAUACAUAACUAAUAAAAUAAAUAAGAAUAAAUUAUUACCUGACGAA